GUUAUUCCGGUCGGGUCCGCGGUCUCCAACCCCUCUCGAACAGCGUAAAAGUGAGGGGUAGUGGGAUCGGGCGUGCGCGCGCAACAACGGCGUUUAACGCGCUCCCGUUCGCUUGUGUACACACUGGUCGCGCUUACGCGUAAGGUACCACACCACCACCACCGCCGUCAACAGCACGCAGGAUCGUAUGGGACGAUACAGCACGGCGUAUAAAUCCGUUCCUGUCGUCGUCGGUGGUGGUGGCAUUCGUUACGCGAGGUUCAAAGGGUGGUUUUUGACGGUGCCGGCGGCUGUGCAAACGGCCGACGGGCGAACAACGCGUCAUUGUACAAGUCACCCGCGCCAGUCGAACGAACGCGCAACGACGACGGCAAUAACAACCGCACCAACAGAGGUCGUAAUGCCCUGGGAGUACCGCGGCGACGUUCGUUCGUCGUCCCGGCGGAUGAAGAUUCGAGGAAACGCAACGUAGUAGGACCUGCCUGCGACGGGUGAUCACCAUACGAGGCGCGACUCGCGCACGCCGGACUCAGCGCGCGUUCGAUGAUGAAAACCCGCGUCCGUCUGGUGCUGCUCUUGUUCGGCGGUACCCUGAUCACCCUGUACGUAGUGCUCUUCGCCCUCGACGAUAAAGCCAACGGCGGCACGACCGAAGUCAAAAACAAGUACUACAAUCAAAAACUGAAAGCGCCAACUCGUUACAAACCUACGAAACAGCAAUAUAUAAUACAACCGCCCAACGUAGAGCGCACAUUACCGAACCGAAGCGGAAGUACUCCCAGGGACGCGGUUUGGCAAAAAGUUCACUCGACAAAGUACAAAUUUUUCAUUUAUUCCGCGUACUUAGAUACGAGGAUCAAAGCCGUUGGCCCACUCGUACGAAUAAUUGGUGCUACCAAAACUCGAAAACCGGAUACGGUUUGGUGCAGGUUGUGGUAUUCGAAUAGCUCAAAAACCGUUUCAGCAUUCGUAAAAGCGAUCCGUGAAAACUGGAAUCUCAAGUACAGCGCAGUGUUCGUGUUAUGCAAGUUACCAUCCGACGGAAACAAUCCGUUAAGCGUUUCGGUCGUGUCUCACAUCAAAGAUCCGAUUGCCAACGAGGUAUUCAUUCAAAAACCGAAACCAAUACAUCAGUUGAAGAUUGAUAUAGAAAUUUGUAUUAAACCGUUUCAUUAUUAUUACGAUCGGGCAAUACAACUUAUGGAAUUUGUAGAACUCAAUUAUUUACUUGGAAUUGGACAUUUUACUUUUUAUAAAAACACAAUAGGACCAAAUGUUGAAUGCGUUCUGGACCGUUAUAAAAAAGAUAAUUUGGUUUCUGUUUUACCGUGGCAGUUAGACAUGGUCUCCAAACAAGAAAUAAGAACCGAGGGAAUGUUUGCCGCCCUUAAUGACUGUUUGUAUAGAAAUAUGUACAGAUCAAAAUUUGUGGCGUUUUUAGAUAUCGAUGAAAUAAUUGUUCCCAGACAAAAUAACACAUUAGUUCAAUUAAUCAAUUGGUUGAACAUUUAUCAAACGCCAGCUGCUUAUUCAUUUCGCAAUGCAUUCUUCUAUAUGCAAUGGGCCGACGAUGACACAUUACCAUUAGAUCAGAAUCCAUUUCAUUCAAAUCUCGUUGUAUUACGCAAAACACGGCGUAAGACAAAGUUACAUCCACACAAACAACGUUCCAAGUACAUUUGUGAUCCGCGAAGAACUGUAGAAGUUGGAAAUCAUUUUAUUUGGGAGUUUUUAAAUCCUAAUGAUGGGACAUUUUAUUUUACACCAGAACGAGCAAUAUUACAUCAUUACAGGGUUUGUGAGUACGGAGGAAAUGAUUGUGUAACUGCAGAUUCUACAGUGGAUCGUACUGUGUACAAAUACAGACAGAAAUUGGUUGAUAGAAUAACAAAUACCCUAGGUAAUUUAGACACAAAAUGUCUAAUAGAAGCUCAAGCCAAUACAAACGAAACACUGUACUUCUCAAAUUAAUUUCUUGAUUUUAUUUAAAUUUUAUAAGUGUGCUUCCAAAAAUGUAUUAAAUGAAACUGUUUUAAACAGGGUGCUUUAAACCUUCAAAAUAUGUAUAAUAUUAUUUAUAGUUUUGUGUGAAUUAUGUGUAAUUUAUGGACCAAGAGUUUAAUAACUCUUGAAAGUAUGAAAUAGAAAAAUCAUUAUACUAUAU